AUGGACCGUAAAGAAAGACAAAGAUGUAUCUAUGUAUCAGCUCGUCAGAAACAAAAAUUAAUUGAACUAAUGACAGAGCAUCCUGAAUUAAUAUCGUGUAAAGUGACCAAUGAUUUUAAUUACAAAGAUUCACAAAAGCUCUGGCAAAACAUAGCCAAUGAAUGCAAUUCUAUACCUGGAGCGAAGAAAACUUGGAGACAAUGGAGAAAAACAUGGCAUGAUCUUCGUUCUAAAACGAAAAAGAGGCAUGAAGAGACUAACGGAGAAGUAACAAGGUUUACCUUCAUUCAUACUGAUGCUGAACAAGAAGCUCUGGGAGUGAAAAAUGUAACAGAGUUUGUCCCGUUGGAAGGAGAAGUUCAGCAAGAAAGCUUAAAUGAUAAAAUAUCAGAAGCAUCAAGUGAACCAGAAUCCUUACCUGAAGAAAAAGUUUUUGUUUCCUCUACAAAUGUUAAAUCAUUUAAAUUGAAAAAUAAUUCCAAACAUUCUUCAAAGCAUUCCAGUAACUGUAAUUUAAACUGUGAUAUGAUAGCCUUUCAGGAGCAGAAAAAACUAGAAUUAAAAGAAGAUUAUUUAAGUUUCAAAAAAGAAUAUCUAAGGCAGAAGUUAAAGUUAUUAAAGGAGCAAACUGAAGCUCUUAAAAGUAUAGCAAAAGAACUUUCAAAGUGA